UAAUGACGUCUCACACCGGUGCCCAAACAGAGCCAUAGGCUGGUUAGUGGCGGUGGCCGGGUGCGACUGAAGCCCAAUAUGGCCGGGAUAUACGCCCGGAGUUGGCCUUCACUAUGUCGGCUUUACCUGCGCUGUGUUGGGACGAGGUCUAGUGGUGCGCGUCUCUGCUACGGUUGGCAAAGUGCUCUGGAAAACAAGGGACUUCUGUAUUUUCUGCCAUCAAGCUACCUGCCUAUUCAAGCACAAAUUCGGCUUUAUUCUUCCAGUGAUCAGAAGGAAGACAAUGGAUCGAAAGGACCCAGUGCGGCAAGUUCCCCAGAAAAAUCUACCGCAGCACUGGAUUCUAAUAAACCUGAACAAAAAAGCACUUUCCCUCCAGAUCCUAUUCAAGUUAAAGUGAAGGCAGUCUUAAAGAAGAGAGAGUAUGGGACAAAAUAUAUGAAGAAUAACUUCAUCACUGGGAUGAGAGCUCUGAACGAAUUCUGCCUAAAGCCCAGUGACUUGGAGUCAUUGCGGAAAAUCAGACGCAGAAGCCCCCAUGAUGAUACUGAGGCGUUUACUGUAUAUCUGAGGUCGGACGUGGAGGCAAAAGCCUACGAGGUAUGGGGUAGUCCAGAAGCCAUUUUCAGGGAACGGAAAUUGAGAAAUGAGGAAGAGAUUGCAUAUAAAGAAAAUUUAUUUAGGAACCAGCAGCUGUUAAAGGAGUACAAAGACUUUCUAGGGAACACCAAGCCUCGGAUAACUACAACCAACUUGUUCAUGAAAGGAUCUGGGAAAGUUGUGAUGGUCGCAAUUUGUAUAAAUGGAUUGAACUUCUUUUUUAAGCUGCUAGCAUGGGUAUACACGGGCUCUGCCAGCAUGUUUUCAGAAGCCCUCCAUUCACUAGCUGAUACCUUGAAUCAGGCACUGCUGGCCUUGGGUAUCUCACAGUCUGCAAGGAUACCUGACCCUGGGCACCCGUAUGGGUUUACAAACAUGCGCUACAUUGCUUCCUUAAUCAGCGGUGUGGGCAUUUUCAUGAUGGGAGCAGGCCUUUCCUGGUACCACGGAAUCAUUGGUUUGCUUCAUCCACAGCCAAUACAAUCUCUGCUUUGGGCCUAUUGCAUCUUAGCUGGCUCAUUUGUGUCUGAAGGAGCCACACUUCUAGUAGCAAUCAAUGAGAUUCAGAAGAGUGCGAAAGCCAAAGGAAUAUCUUUUUACGAGUACGUGAUGCAGUCCCGUGAUCCAAGUACCAAUGUGGUCCUGAUGGAGGAUGCUGCUGCAGUUUUAGGAUUGGUAAUGGCUGCCUCCUGCAUGGGUUUGACAUCACUUACUGGAAAUCCACUUUAUGACAGUUUGGGGUCAUUGGGUGUUGGAACACUACUCGGAGCUGUAUCAGCCUUCCUUAUCUACACUAACACUGAAGCACUAAUAGGAAGGUCAAUACAACCAGAGCAAGCGCAGCGUCUCACAGAACUCCUAGAAAGUGAUCCUGUAGUGAGAGCAAUCCAUGAUGUGAAGGCCACCGACAUGGGAAUGAGUAAGGUCCGAUUCAAGGCGGAAGUUGAUUUUGAUGGUCGAGUUGUUACACGAUCUUACUUGGAAAAACAAGAUAUUGAUCAGUUGUUGAAUGAAAUCCGCCAGGUGAAGACCGCAGAGGACUUAGAAUCUUUUAUGCUUAAACAUGGUGAAAAUAUUAUAGACACGCUAGGAGCGGAAGUAGACCGUCUUGAAAAAGAAUUAAAGCAAUGUAAUCCUGAGUUACGACAUGUAGACCUGGAGAUUCUGUAGGACACAAGGAAUGUGUUGAAUAUACAGAGGUGAAGCAAAGGCUGGUUUGUAAUGUCCGUGCUCCAUGACUCUGCUCUAAAUCCUCGCUGACUGUCAUUGUGUUAUACGCCAUAUUUACAAGGACAUCUUAGAUGUAAUAUUUCUUUCCUGCCAACCCUGUGGAACUACACAAAACUAUUAUUGUUUCCUUGCUGGAGUAACCUACAUUGUAUUGUUUCAUUCCAUUACAUGUACAUCAACAUAGACUUGCUUUUUCAGAACAAAGUAAUGAUAUGGGCAACUUUAGCGACUCGAGCUCUGGCAGAAUUACAACUCUGUAUACCACUCUCUGUAUACCACUCAUAACUGACCUCUCAGGGGAGGCUUUGAGUUAUGGUUUAGCCACAGCUGGAGUACCACACGUUGGCUGCACUAAGUAACCGGAGCAAGGCUCACUCCAGGUCUGCCAACCCAUAGCUGCCAAUCAGAUAAUCCACUCAUUAAAAGA